AUGAGAUGGCGCAUUGCGUUAUUUCCAUACUCAUAUGAUAUUCGCUAUCGUCCAGGACUCAGUAACAUCACUCCGGAUGCAUUCACAAGGUUACGCUGUUCAGAAAUUAGUUCACAUUCACUUUAUGAGUUACAUGCAGCACUGUGCCAUCCUGGUGGAGUACGCCAUCAUCAUUUCGUCUGCAGUAGAAAUCUUCCAUAUUCGUUAGAGAACGUGAAACAAAUAUGUAGGCAUUGCUCUAUAUGUCAAGAAGUGAAACCACAAUAUUAUAAACCAGACUCAGUUAACUUAAUUAAGGCCAUGCAGCCCUUCGAGCGAACUUCCAUCGAUUUCAAAGGUCCGAUUCCUUUCACGAAGCAUCCUUAUCUUCUAACAAUAGAUGACGAAUACUCUCGGUUUCCGUUUGGUUAUCCGGUAUCUGACACAUCAGCUCGGACUGUAAUAAAGUGUCUUACUGACUUGUUCUGA